UCGGCCGCUGACUCCCCUCGCGGUUUUGGUGUUGUGUAUGGCGAACAUGACAACACACACCAACACCCAUCACAUACGCAUACACCCAUUAGGCGCGUACGCACACAACAGACGGUGACCCUUACCCCCGGUACUCACGCACACACGCACAGUCCGGCGAAACAGUCUGGCACAGUCAUGCUGUCUUUGAGUGUAUAGCGAAUAUGACAACAGACACACUCACACACAGGCACAGGUGCAGUUCAUGGUUGAGCACUGAAUUGUGAAGGCUGGACGGCUUGGGCUGUGCAUUACGUGGGGGCUGAGCAAGGACUUGCGGCGGCUGGAGUAAGCACACGCAGCUCUAAGUUCUGAGUCCAAUCCAGGCAACACGAAGAUUGGCGACUCAGGGCCGCUUAUAAAGAAGAGCACCCGUGGUUCAUCAAAAUGCGGAUCGAAGAAGUCCAGUCGACGACAAAGACUCAGCGAGUGGCCACACACACUCAUAUCAAAGGACUUGGCCUCAAGGGCCGCUUAUAAAGAAGAGCACCCGUGGUUCAUCAAAAUGCGGAUCGAAGAAGUCCAGUCGACGACAAAGACUCAGCGAGUGGCCACACACACUCAUAUCAAAGGACUUGGCCUCAAGGAAGAUGGCACUGCCUUGCCAAUUGCUGCCGGCUUUGUCGGGCAGGAUCAGGCUCGUGAAGCAGCAGGGCUUGUGGUGGACAUGAUCCGUCAGAAGAAGAUGGCGGGAAGAGCGUUGCUCCUUGCAGGUGGGCCUGGAACAGGGAAAACUGCUCUUGCUCUGGGGAUUGCUCAAGAGCUAGGAAGUAAGGUUCCCUUUUGCCCAAUGGUUGGCUCGGAAGUGUAUUCUUCUGAAGUGAAGAAAACGGAAGUUUUGAUGGAGAAUUUCCGCCGAGCAAUUGGCCUCAGAAUCAAGGAAAACAAAGAGGUUUACGAAGGGGAGGUAACAGAGUUGACUCCGGAGGAGACGGAGAGCACAACUGGUGGAUAUGGCAAGAGUAUCAGCCAUGUCAUUAUUGGACUGAAGACAGUGAAGGGCACGAAGCAGCUCAAGCUGGACCCAACCAUCUAUGACAGUCUAGUCAAAGAAAAGGUUGCUGUUGGAGAUGUAAUAUACAUUGAAGCAAAUAGUGGCGCUGUAAAGAGAGUUGGGAGAUGUGAUGCCUUUGCAACGGAAUUUGACUUGGAGGCUGAGGAAUAUGUGCCACUUCCUAAGGGAGAAGUACAUAAGAAGAAGGAGAUUGUACAGGAUGUGACGCUCCACGACCUAGAUUCCGCAAAUGCAAAACCACAAGGAGGUCAGGAUAUUCUUUCCAUGAUGGGGCAGCUUAUGAAACCAAAGAAAACAGAGAUUACUGAAAAACUUCGUCAGGAAGUGAACAAGGUUGUAAACAGGUACAUUGACACGGGUGUGGCUGAGCUGGUCCCGGGUGUUCUGGGUACUGAUAUCCCAAGCCCUCAUGGAAUUCCAGUCGACUUGUUGGAUCGCCUUGUCAUCAUUCGCACACUCCCUUACACCCCAGCGGAGAUGGUUCAGAUUUUGGCCAUCCGGGCACAGGUGGAGGGGUUAGUGGUGGAUGAAGAGAGCUUAGCGUAUCUUGGAGAAAUUGGAGAGCGUACAUCACUGAGACAUGUGGUACAACUGUUAACACCGGGAAGCAUAAUGGCAAAGUCAAAUGGAAGGGAGGAAAUUGAAAGGGGUGACCUUGAAGAGGUUGCAGAACUGUUCUUGGAUGCCAGAGCAUCAGCACGCCUGCUCGCGGAUCAAUCUGAUCGAUAUGUGUCGCAAUAGCACUUGCCUCAGUGCAGAUGUACACCCUUAUAUUUACAUGAACCCCCUUAGGAAGAAGAUCAGGAUUGCAGCCUCCAGAAU